AUGCGUUACGCCUUCAGUACUGCGGGUGUUCUGUGUCUGCCUCUGCUUGCAAGUGCACAACAUGCUCGACACGGUCACGUUGCGGCUCAUGAUCACGGUCUCCAUCAUCGCGAUCUUGAAGCCGGGGUCGUCACCGCCACGGAGGUCGUCUAUGUGACCGUAACUGUCACCGCUCCCGUUGCGUCAACUUCGUCAACAUCUAUGUCGCCUACAACAUCAAGCGAUGUACCCUCAAUUGCCGCACCAGCCACUGGCGGCUCGUCUUUCCACGAGCUCAAGCCUGUGCCUGGCUCCGUGUCAGUCAAGAACUCGUGUGACUACCCAGUAUACAUCUGGUCUGUUGGUCACAAGAGCUGCGGAGAGGGCAACGAGUGCCAGCUUAUCGCUCCCAAUUCGACCUACACAGAAGGGAUGCGCACUUGCACUGACGGCGGGAUCUCACUGAAGGUGUCCAAGACAAAGAGCGCGGAAAAGCCCAUGCAAUUCGAGUACAGUGUGUGGGCUAUACGAACAACAACAGUCUCUUAUGAUAUAUCUUACUUGGACUGUAUGGUCGGACAGAAGGGUGCCAAAGAUUUGAGCGGGUGUGCAGGUCACGAUGGCGGUAUACAGGUUGUCGCUGGGGACGCGAGUUGCCCAGACUACCACUGCGCUGCCAAUGAAUGGUGCGACGUCCAAGCCUACGUCGUCGCCGAGUUCGACUACAAGCCUGGCGCUCCGGUAGGUGCUUGCGCCGUGGAAAAGGGCCUCGCUUUCGAGCUUUGCGCUGGCACGUAG